GGUUGGUGCCGCCGCGCUGCUGCUGCUGCUGCCGCUCCCCGGUCCCCGGUCCCCGUCCACGGUCCCCCCGCUCAUUGAAGGACUCCAGUUCUCUGCCGAAUCCACAGCUGAGCGCUCAAGCCGGCAGGUGUGUGGGUGAAGCUGGUCGUCGAGGGCAGUCUCUGCCUCUCCGUCGCUCGCCUUCUCACUACUGGUUUCCGUCAUGGCGACCUCCCUGAUCAGCCGCCAGCUCGUGCUCUCCCUGAAGAAGAACUUAUGGCUCAGUGCUCCAGGCUGCAGACAUGCCAGCAAGGCCGCAGCAAAGACCCAGCUGGAGUACGACUACGACGGUCCGUCCAUGAAAACCGCCGUGCCCGGACCCCGAUCACAAGCGCUGACCAAACAGCUGGGAGAGAUCCAGAACGUUGGUGCCAUUAACUUCUUCUGCAACUACGAUGAGAGCCGAGGGAACUACCUGGUGGACGUUGAUGGCAACCGCAUGUUGGACAUCUACACCCAGAUCUCCUCCAUCCCCAUCGGCUACAACCAUCCUGCUCUCCUCAAGAUGAUGACCAACCCCAACAAUCACAGUGCGUUUGUGAACCGACCGGCCCUGGGAAUCCUGCCCCCCGAGAACUUUCCAGACAAAAUCACCGAGAGUCUCCUCUCAGUGGCUCCCAGUGGGAUGACGCGUGUCCAGACGAUGGCGUGUGGAUCCUGCUCCAACGAGAACGCCUACAAAGCCAUGUUCAUCUGGUACAGGAACAAGGAGCGAGGCCAGAGCGCACCUUCUGAAGAAGACAUAAGCAGCUGCAUGAUAAACCAGGCUCCAGGCUGCCCGGACCUCAGUAUUUUAUCCUUUAUGGGGGGCUUCCACGGGAGGACUUUGGGUUGCUUAGCAACAACACACUCCAAAGUCAUCCACAAGCUGGACGUCCCGUCCUUCGACUGGCCCAUCGCCCCGUUCCCCAGACUGCAGUACCCGCUGGAGGAGUUCACCCGGGAGAACCAGCAGGAGGAAGCACGCUGCCUGGAGGAGGUGGAGGACCUGAUCGUGAAGUGGAGACAGAAGGGGAAUCCAGUGGCGGGGAUUGUUAUCGAGCCCAUCCAGGCCGAGGGCGGAGAUAACCACGCCUCCGCAGACUUCUUCAAGCAGCUCCGCAACAUCGCACGCAAGCAUGGCUGCGCUUUCCACGUGGAUGAAGUCCAGACGGGCGGGGGGUCCACCGGGAAGUUCUGGGCCCACGAGCACUGGGGCAUGGACGACCCGGCCGACAUCGUCUCCUUCAGUAAGAAGCUGCUGACGGGCGGAUACUACCACAAGGACGAGCUCCAGGCCGACAAGGGAUAUCGUAUUUUUAACACAUGGAUGGGCGACCCGUCAAAGAACUUGUUCCUGGCCGAAGUUCUCAACGUGAUCCGACGAGAGAACCUGAUGGAGGAAGUGACCCGUUCAGGGAAGGCUCUGAUGACCGGCCUCUACGAGCUGCAGGGUCGGUAUCCGGGCGUGUUGAGCCGGGCUCGAGGUCAGGGAACCUUCUGUGCCAUCGACGUCUGCGACGCUGCAACCCGGGACAAGAUGCUGCUGCAGGCCAGAGACAAAGGUGUGCUCCUGGGAGGAUGUGGGGACCGAUCCAUCCGCUUCCGUCCGUCUCUGGUGUUCAAGGAGGAGCACGUCCACCUCUUCCUCAACGUCUUCAACGACGUGGUGGCCAAGCACAAAUAAACCCCCCGCCCGGAGGAGCCUUUCUGCAGCUUCACACGUGAAUCAGAGAGGCAGGAGGAGAGCUCGUCUAGUCAGGACGAACACAACGCACACGUUAGUAUCUCUGUUCAAAGUCCCGCCGCCCGACGGAGACGAGCCCGGGACGUCAUCCAGAGCAGCUCCGGCCGGCCCGGCGGCCCUUCUUCUUUCUUUCUUUCUUUUUGUAAAAUUGAUCAAAAUGUCAAAGUCUCUCAAAUAAAUCUGUAGAAUAUAAAACAUCUAGAUGGACGAUGAUGGAUCCAUCACCUCGGCUCGUUUAACACCCCCUCUGCCAUUCUCAACGUCGUCUCCAAGGAGACGGCCCCAAAAUGUAGGGUACACUGCAAAAACACAAAAUAUUAACAAGAAUAUUUGUCUUAUUUCUAGUUAAAAUGUUUCAAUUUUAGUAAAAAACUUAAAACAAGACUCAUCACUGGAAAAAACAACAAUUUUCACCUGUUUCAAGUACAUUUUCACUUGAAAUAAGUAGAAAAAUCUGCCAGUGGAACAAGAUUUUUUUGCUUGUAAUGAGAAGAUAAAUCUUGUCCCACUGGCAGAUUUUUUUAUACUUAUUUCAAUUGAAAAUUUACUUGAAACAGGUGAAAAUUGUCAAAUAACAAGUUAUUUUUCUGGUAAUGACUUUUGUUUUAAGUGUAAUGAGAUUUUUUGACUAAAAAUUAGACAUUUCAACUAGAAAUAAGACAAAUAUUCCUGGUAAAGUUUGAGUUUUUACAGUGUACAUCCUGGUUUCUGUUGUGGAGGCGUUCACAAAGCCCCAACCACAUCCCUCACCACCUAGCAGUCUAAGGUUUAUCCUCACUGAGUGUCUGUUUCUCUUCUUGGCUGAAGAAACGUUGGUUUCACAUGUGAUUGUGUUCAGUCAGUGUAAAACAUCAUGUACAUCUCAGUCCAUUUGCUCCGUUUCUUGUGGCAGUUUUUUCUCUCGUCUCAGUUUUGUGGUUUUGACGCAGCAAGACGACGUCUCAUCAAGAGCACACAACAUUCAGACUUUUUUAUAUGUCCGAGUCAUUUUGUGACAGAAAUCUAGAAGCUAAUAAUGGAGCGGAUUCUUCAGCAGAAGAUGCAGAUGAUGAUGAAAAGGUGUUAACUCCUAAUGAAGGCAGAGGUUGGACCCGGACUGAUGCUGGUGCCGCAUCAUCACCGCCUGCAUCGCCGCCGCUGAAGUCCUGCUAGUUUGUUGUCAGACAUUCGUCCUGGAUUCACGUUUCUGUGUCAGUGCUGACUCCAUGUACAAAUAAUAAUAAUAAUGAUAAUAAAGCUAAUCUGCCAGCGUGCAUGUGGUUAAUGCUGCCGAUUAGAGGCGACCGUUGUGUUGAUCUUAAUAGGAAUGACUUCUCAGCGUGAAACGUUGUAGCCCAGAAAUCGUGUAAAUCUUCAGUGGACCAUGAAAAUGUGAUUAUUUAGUGCCUGCAUGCUGCUUAAAUAUACUAACAUCAUGUUUACAUGACUGCAUCAGUUUUAGUUAACCUUAAAUACAGCCCUGGCUCUAAAAAGAAAGCUGUGUGAGAUGUAAAUAACUGAAUAGAAAGAUUUUUUUGUCUCAUAAUCCCCAGACUCGUUUCUGGAACAUAGAAAACAUAUUAAAAAAGGACAUUUUCAGUUGUAGAAACGCCUGGUGGAACAUCUACAUCUAUUUAAGUUAAUUAUCAGCGAGUCAGUCACGUGAACAUCAACCAAGAGGUUCCAAGAAAGUGGAGAAGUCUCUGAAUGAAUGACAAGGUCGGACAUGGGAAAUCAAAUCAAAUUGAGCUUAUAUUUUUUACUGAAUUGUAAAAUGUUUCCAUCCAAACAUUUGCUAUGUUUUCUAUGUUCUAUUGCAAAUAAAAUAUGUGUUUAUGAGAUCUUCAAA